GCGUGUUGAAAACGGGUGCGCGUUAAUUGGCGGCACGGCCGCAAGAUGGCGUAAUCCAUGCGACGCUGCUUUUGACGUUCGUGUAUGAGUUUUUUUUUUGGUUCCUUCUACUUUGAAAACGGCAGGAAGCAAAAAUUGUUAGCACGGUGUUUAGUAUUCGCUGAUCUGACUGAGGAUGUGGUGGAAAGAGUUACGUAUGGUAGCGACGAUUCAACCGACUAGGAUCCCGAUUUCGAGUACAUAGUACGCGAGGCGCACGAGGUCCCGCGAUUGGCCAGUUUAUGAGACGACGAUGGCUCCGUGAGGAGAGAACAUGGCUGCGACGCAAGCCGAGAGCCAACAAAACGAUGUGAAGCUGAACGAGUCCGUGAAAUGUGCACAGAAACGUCCGCAAGUCGGUGGGAAUAGUGCGAGUGUUAAUACGAAACAGCAGCUGGAUCCAGAGCCGGGUGAUAAAGUGUCCCGGGGCGCGGCCCAGCUGCUUAAAUAUGUGAAUCGCGGCGGGGACACGGGUUUCGAGAUGAGUCAAUACCGCGAGGACAUUGGUGGACACACUGCCGGUGAAGUCAAAUCGCCAAGGGAGGCUGGACAAGCGCCCCAGGAGACGAUCGGCAAGCAAGAGGCCCUUGAUACGCCCGGGCAUCCGAACCAUCCCGGACAUCCGUUCACGUCGAACGUAAUACGCGAUUACCCGGAGGAGUACACCAACAAGUCGAACGAAUUUCCCUCCAAAUCACUGGCCGAUUAUCCGGGCAAGCAAGUGCCCGAAUACAUGGGAAAGCAUGGUGACUUCCCGGGGAAACAGUUGGAUUAUCAUGGUAAACACUUAAUACAUGAAAGUGAAAGAGUUCAUCGGGUCGAGAUGGAAGAGCAUUAUGCACCUUCCAAGAUUGAGUCGCGAUUGGCGUACGUAGGGGCAACGCCGACCAGUUUCCCUGGUCAAACGAGGUUUCUGUCAGGGCAGAGUAUAUCGCAGGCGACUGGUCCAACACCCACGUUGAAUCAGUUGCUCCAAGCAUCCACGCCUGUCCACCGUUUUCAUGGGAAUUAUCCUGGAAUGGGGCCAGAGCCUUAUCAACAACCGUGGCCCAUUCAGCGACCACCGGUUGUCCCGCCGGUUUAUCCACAACCUGGUCAACGUCCCCCACAGACGGGAUCACCAAGAUUACACGCAGGACCUGGAGGACCAAGUUCUCCAACUCCUAUGCCAUAUCAACAAUAUACGCCACGUUAUUCUUCUCCUGCAAGACCUCAUGCACCAUACAGCCACCAUCAGCUAAAUUCAUAUACUACACAAACCAGCCAUCCUUCCAGUCUGUACACUGAACAGAGAGGUUGGAAUCAAGGUGGACCACCGAAUCCGCCACCACCUUCAGCUAAUCAGACUAAUCCUUCCAGUCAGUCGCCACAGCGCGCUCUUUCUCAAUCCCCAGCACCACCACCUUCUGCAUCUCCACAACCACAAUCAACUAGCCAGUCUCAAGAAUUAUCUGGACAAAACAGUAAUGAUAGUUCGAAUGGACCUGCUUGUCCAGGAACACCAAAUUCACAGGGGAUGAGACCAACCCCUUCUCCUACAGGAUCUACAGGUUCUCGCUCGAUGUCCCCUGCUGUUGGACCAUACCAGCAGCCACUGGGUCCUUCACCACACAUGCAUAGCUAUAAAAUGAAUAGCACUGGUCCUGGUGUUGUUCAACCAGGACCUGGUUCUACGAGUCUUGGUGGAAUAAACCCAAUGGGUGGUGGUAUGGGAUAUGCAGCUACUGGAACGGCUGCAGGUCAGCCUGGGGGUUAUCAUACGCAAGGUACCUAUCCACCUCCACGUCCACAUGUACAAUUUCCGCAAGGAUAUCCAUCACCAGCCAAUUCACAACCACCACCCAACAAUCAGUAUCAAGCUUCUAAUAGACCCAACAAUUUGGUGCAAUAUCCUCCGUAUACACAUAAAAUGGGAUUUAAUAGUGUACCACCAGGAAUGCCACCUAGUCCAGGGCCACCUCAAGUUUACGGAGGUACUAGUACAUCAGGUAUGGUACCACCAGGUACUCCAGGAGUGGCGGUGAUCGGUAAUAUGGGUCCACCAGCAAGUUCAAUGGGACCUCCACCACCAUCGCCUAAUCAUGUUAGUAAUCAGCCACCACCGACCAGUUCGGCUGUACCACAUUUGCAUACUCCUGCGGCUACACCACCUCUCAAUCACGAAGGAAGUCCAAUGCCUCCACCGAGUACCACACCUAAUUCACACUCUGCUUCAACACCGACACCAACCAGCCAUAGUUCUGCAGAUCUUGCUACUGAAACUUCUAAUGAUAGUGGCAUAACCACUACUGCUUCAGGUACGUCAGUUAUAAAUGUCACCUCUACUUCAAGUGGUACUGUCACAUCCGUAAUAACGACUGGUCCUGAUGGUACGUCCUUGGACGAAGGUUCUCAACAAUCAACGUUAUCAAACGCAUCAGCUGCUUCUGUAGAAGAUCCGACAUUUCCACCGAAGGUACGGAAAGAUAUGAUGGGAGGAUAUCAUAGUCAUCCAGCUACGCCACAGAGUACUGUUCCGUCACCUGGUGCUGCGAGUAUUAAUUCGAUACACGAGGAAUAUCCUGAUAUGAACAGCCCCGGUUGGCCACGUACUCCUGCUAGUCCUAAACCAGACAGUUUAGCAAAGCUAUAUGAAAUGGACGAUACAAUGGAGCGAAGAACGUGGUUGGAUAAAUUAGUUAACUUCAUGGAAGAACGAAGAACUCCUAUUACUAGCUGUCCUACCAUCUCCAAGAACCCCCUCGACCUAUUUCGGCUAUACCUCUACGUGAAAGAGAGGGGGGGCUUCAUGGAGGUGACCAAAAACAAAACGUGGAAAGACAUAGCUGGAUUAUUGGGCAUUGGUGCAAGUAGCAGUGCGGCAUACACACUACGGAAACAUUACACCAAGCAUUUGUUAGCGUACGAAUGUCACUUCGACCGUGGAGGUGUCGAUCCUCAGCCUAUCAUAAAUCAAGUUGAAGCUGGUUCGAAAAAGAAACCAUCAAAGGGAACUGCCUCCGUACCCUCACCAGGGUCUUCCAAUUCACAAGAUUCCUUCCCUGCUGCUGGAUCAAACAAUGCUUCCAUGGAUGGUUAUGGAAGUUAUCAGAGUGGUUAUACCAGCAGUACACCAGGAGGACCUGCGUCAGAGUAUACACCUCCUCCGCCGAGACCACCUAGUCAGAGUAGUGCACCUUCUCCGCAUCAAGGUGGUUUGAACCAGGGCGGGCAGAAUAGCACGAAUCCGUUCGACGACGGCGUGGGACGCCUUUUUUGCAAGUCGAACGCAACGUCCCACCCUGGUCCGUUACGAGCCUCAGGCAUCCAACAAGGCAGUUACCAGAAUACAGGUUCCUACCAGAAUUAUCCCCAGGAUCAGUACAGCCGGCCCCAACCGAACACGCUGGCUCAGCAGGGUGAAUUUAACCAGCCUUAUUCACCGCGGUCACAUUACUCACCUUAUGUACCAGACGUUGACAGAGGAUACCCUGGAGGAAAUAUGCCGCCGAACAACGCUAGUGGACAAGAUAUAUACAAUAGAUAUAGUAGUAGUCAACAGCCGGCAAAUUACUCGGCAAGUACACCACCUAAUGCAAGAAGUAAUAGCUAUCCGUCUACGCCACAAGCACAUCCACCUACUGUACCACAACAAACGGCAACCAGCCAGCCUUCUUCACCUUCGCAGCCUCCUACUCCUUCGUCUUAUUCUUGCCCCCAGGAUUACUAUCGACCAGAGCAGGGCGGAUACGGAGGAACACAGAUAUACUCAGGCGGUGCGAAUGCGAACAAGAAUAUGCCGCCACCACCGCCUGGUCCAAAUCCACCUAGACGUCACCCAGAUUUUGCCAAAGACCAACAAUAUCCUCAAUAUAAUCAACAACGACCAGCGUAUCCAGGAUGGCCAAAUACAACUAAUCAGUACAAUAGUAGUAGUGGAAACAGUAGAGUUCAGUAUCCAUCUCAACAAUCACAAUCUCAGUCGCAACAACAACAGCCACAACCACAACCGCAAACACCACAGUCUGCUUCUUCUACACCCUCGCCAGGACUUCCCAACAGUCAACAGUGGGGUAGUCAGCAACCAAAUAGAACCACACCUCAACCGACUUUGAACACUAUAGCUCAUGCUCCUCCACCGUGGGAUCAUCGUUACACGAAUCAACCGUCCCCUCUUUAUCCUGCACCUGGAAAUCACCAGAAUCAGCUUGGUAUAAAUCCCAUGAUUACCCAGCAACCAACAUCGAAAAGAGAAAUGACAUUCCCUCCUGACAGCGUGGAAGCGGUGACCCCACUUCUCUACAAACGGCGGAAACUUACACGCGCCGACGUAGCACCGAUAGAAGCUUGGCGCAUCAUGAUGGCCCUGAGAUCAGGCUUGUUAGCCGAAAGCUGUUGGGCCCUCGACGUAUUAAAUAUUUUAUUGUUCGAUGAUUCUUCUGUAAGUUAUUUCGGGUUGGCACACUUACCUGGACUGUUGGACGUUCUUCUGGAACAUUUCUCGCGCUCUCUGUCGGACAUGUUCGAGUCACCAGUAAACGAGGACGAUCGAAAUUGGAAUCAGUCGGCAGAUGGGCCGGAGGUGGAUCUCGGCUCGGUGACACGCCCCAUUGAUCCCGAGGAUCGGACGAAGCUACUCUCGUCGGCGAAUUAUACAUUUCUGUCGAGACGGGGUCGUCCGGUGAAGAUCGUCCCAAGGGACGACGAUCUGUUCGUCCUCGACACAAGAAGGUCUUGGGAUCACCAAGACUGCGAGUCGGAAACAGAACCGUGGCAAGUCGACAACAACACCACCAAGUACAUAGUGACCUGUUUUCAAUCAGAGAUAGGAUCAGUACCGUUCGCUCGCCUCCUUCGAGACGAGAAGCCGCCGUUGCUGCAGAAGGAAGUGGAGUGCACAGACAUGAAAGACGAAACCAAAGCAGAGCCUGGUGCGCUCGAGGCGUCCGAGUUCUCUCAGAAGAUGGCCGAGCCCGGGCCGUCGAAGGAGAUGAACGAGAAGAAGCAGCUGGACAAAAAGAAGAAGACAAAAACGUUGAGCGACGUAUUGUCGAGGAUCAAGAAGGAGCCGGUCGAGAUGAACGAUCUGACGAGAGAGCUGUUCGAGAAGAAGAACGACGGGUACAAGAAAGAGUGUGACACCGAAACGACGACGACGACGACAAAAGUGAAUAAUAACAUGGGCGAGCAUUUCGCGGACGUACAAAAACAACAACCGGAGGAUGAGCUCGCGCCGACGCAAAACGGUUUGAACGAGACGGCCGUGAACGCCGAGACGACGGCGACGACGACGGCGACGACGGCAACGACGGAAAAGACGGAGAUGAAAGUGGAGAACGAGGAACAAGAAUCGACGGUGAAGGACGACGCUAAGGAGGGACCAAGAUUAAAUAUAAGAGAUCCGGCAGGCACGUUGAAGAGAAGACGAAUAAGCGACUACGAGGACGAAAGUUACUCGAGGGACGAGGCGAGUCUGUACCUCGUCACGGAGACCCAGGACAACCUGGCCCGACGUUGCGUCUGCCUGUCCACAAUUCUGAGGAAUCUCACGUUCAUCCCGGGCAACGAGGCGGAGUUCGCCAAGAACGUGACGUUCUUGAGCCUUCUCGGCAAGCUGUUGCUGCUGCAUCACGAGCACCCGGUGAGGACGCAGAAGACGCGCAACUACGACCGCGAGGAGGACGCGGAUUUCGCGGACUCUUGCAGCAGCCUGCAAGGCGAGAGCGAAUGGUGGUGGGAUUUCCUGCAUCACAUCAGAGAAAACGUGCUCGUCAUGGCGGCGAACAUCGCCGGCCACAUGGAUCUGAGCCAACACCCGGAGGAGAUAUCGCGACCGGUGUUGGACGGUCUCCUCCACUGGGCGGUGUGUCCAGCUGCCCACGGACAGGACCCGUUCCCCACGGUUGGCCCGAAUUCUUCUUUAUCGCCCCAGCGACUGGCACUGGAGGCGCUGUGCAAGCUCUGCGUGACGGAAUGCAACGUGGACCUGGUGGUCGCCACGCCGCCGUACUCCAGACUCCAGAGACUCUGCUCGGUAUUGACCAGGCUACUCUGCCGUAGUGAGGAGCAAGUGUUGCGCGAGUUCGGCGUGAACCUUCUCCACUUUCUGUCCGCAGCGGACAGCGGUGUAGCGCGUACGAUCGCUUUGCAAACGCCUUGUGUCGCGCUGUUGGUAGCGUUCAUCGAGCAGGCCGAGUCGAGCGCGCUCGGCGUCGCGAAUCAACACGGAUUGGCCGCGUUGCGCGACAAUCCCGAGUCGAUGGGCACCAGCCUGGACAUGCUGCGACGCGCCGCUGGCACCCUCUUGAACCUCGCCAGGCAUCCCGAUAAUAGAACUCUGCUCUUGCAACACGAAUCACGGUUACUCGCCUUGGUGAUGAGUCAAAUUCUAGAUCAGCAGGUGGCCGCGAUCGUUGCUCGCGUGUUGUUCCAGUGUUCCAGGGGCACGUAAUUUUGUUUCAUUUCAAAUGGACGGUAUAUUUCUUUUUUUUUUUUUUCUU